ACACAAAUUAUUAUGGGACUAAUAACUGAAAAUGAAGCUUUAACCAUAAUUAUUUUACCGUGCAAUUAUAGCCACAAAAUACCAAACUUCUCUCAGUGCUGUGCAUUAUAGUAGUUACGACUCACACAUAGCUGCAACGUUUUAUUUGGCCGCACGAAAAGCGAAGUUAAUUAAAGUUCGCGAGAGGGAUGAAAAUCGAUAUGAAUUAUACGCGUUAGCCGCAAAAGGAAGACGAAUGCCUCUGAGAUUUUGUAUCAGUCGAAACUCGCCGAUUCUCGUGGUGCUAGGUACAAGAACACUCUGAGAGAAAAGUGCUUGGUAUAUUCAUGAUUAUAAUUGCAUGGUAAAAUAAUUAUUCAAAAUUGCAUUUUUAUUACCGCUGCAAUGUUAGUAAUAAUAACACAGUAUAUUACGUUGACAAGAAAAAAAUGCUUGCCAUUACAGUAAUUUAAAUAUAGCUAGUAUAAAAAGUGCCAUAACUAUGAAUUAUAAUUAUGGUAAUUGCAUCCAUUUUUUUCUCUUAUUGUCAGUGUAAUACACUAUACAUUAUUAUUGCAUUAUUAAUAUUGUAGAGCAAUAAUGACUAUACGAAUGAAUCUCUUAACUAGAAUUAUUUUACGAUACAAUUACAGUCACAAAUACCAAACAUUCUUCUCUCAAUGUGCUAUCUAAAAAAUAGUAAAUAAUUAAUCGAGAAGAAAACCAAAAGAGAAAUUUUUAAUGAUGAGCACAUAUCGACGAAAAUGUGAAAUUUUUUUAAUUAAAAUUAUUUUUCGAUGCUUCAGUAUUGUAGCUGUCGUUUACUCUCUAACAUUUAUCAUUUAUAACGACUUGAAGCGCGCUUUACGUCAUUUACCGAACGGUUAACUCCAAUUAUGACGGAUUCUCGAGUGGCUCGAAGAAUUAUUCGCGUAGUGAAAACUCGCGUUUUAUUUAUUUAUUUAUUUAUUUUCUAGAAAUGUCUAGAUUACCGAAGAGUUUUAGACGCGAUUGAUUAAGACGAAGAGCCCGUGUUAAUGGAACGUACGAAAAUUUGAGAAAUUGGCAAGCGGCCUGAGACGGCCUCUCUGCAGACUCUCGAAUAUAUUUUGGCCGUCGUCACAAUGGUGCCGUCGCGCGAUGUUCGUCUCGUCUCGUCUCGUCUCGUCUCGUCAGUGCGAGGCGAGGCUUUCGAAACGUGAAUAGAGGGCAAGAGUUUAGCAGAAGUAAACCGCGAUUCGGCCGUCACGGUAGUUUCGCGAUGCUCCUCGUCGAGUCGCGUUAUGCACAGUCAUAAAUCGCGAGAUAAAGUGGUAUUACGUGAAAUUCUGAAAGUUUCUGGGAAAGCUUGCUUCCUGCAAUAAUCGCACAGCCAUUUCGAAGGUCGAUGUUAAUGGUGAAUCCUGAGAGUGACGUAUGUAAAGUUUGAAAAAUUCUGCGAAUAUAACUCCGGAGACGAUUGCACAACCGAGUCGAAUUCCGGCAAUAAUUGGCCAACGCUGAAGAUCCGCUCGUUCAAAUCUUGUACAUUUUCCAAUUUCGAUCUAAAUCGAUCUAUUGAGUUAGCUGUGUCGAGGAUCGCGCGAUCUCGAGGCGACCUGGGAAAAAUGUCGAUCAGGGGUGUGACCACUUCGGAGAAUGAAACGUUCCUUGGUUCCAUGCGCCUGUCGAAUUUUCUGAUCGAUCUGGAUGAAUUUUACGAAGGAACGUACAGUAAUUCGUGUUGAUAAAAUCGAUCGAUAUAUUCUCGCGAUGGGAAAUGAAAAUGAAAUUCUCGCCAUGUACAAGCGCAAUUCCGUUACCGAGUGGUUGCAGAAAACAGGGCAAGCGACGGACAAUGUAAAUAAUGGUAGCGAGAGUCCAGUCUUCGAGGGUGGUGGUAGUGGUGCAGGCCCUAGUAGUGGUUUGAGACUUGCAUCUGAACUGCCGAAUGAGAUUUCUGCACCUUACGAGGUACCUCAAUUCCCAAUCGAACAGAUCGAAAAGAAACUCCUGAUCCAACGACAACUGACUGUCAAAGCUGCAAAGGAUCUUGAGGAACGUCGCAGUCAUUAUGAGCCGUCGCUUCACCCAGGAGUUCCCGAUGACAUCGAUCAUAGCUUCAAGAUCGAAGAAAAUGAUUUUGUGCCUCAUUUUCAACGAGUCUCCAUAUCUGGCGAGGACACUUCCGGAGUACCUCUGGAAGAUCUUCAAAGGGCCUCCAAGAUGCUGGUGCAGGCGUUGGCGAUACGGGAAAAAUAUAUGAACAACUCCAAGCAGACCUUCCCCACUAUUACCUCUAGAUUCUUGCGUAGUAUCGACAAAAGACCGCUCACCACGGACGACGAAGUUCAUCACGAUGAUCGCAAAGCGAUCAAAGGGAAAGAGCUGCUGGAUAUUGCGAAAGAAAUCGGGGGCACUCAAUCCGACGCGGACAUCGACGCGCUGAUCAAAGACGUCUCUCCGACAGAUCACCCGGUACACGCGCCUGCCUCUCGGGGCGAUCCGUGGGAAUGCGAAUUUCCACCGGCGAAGAAUUACAAGAUCGCGCCGGUCAAUGGCGUGUUCAAUCUGUUCGCCAAUGACGAGGACUUGGCUAAUGGCAAGCCGCUCCCUUAUUCGUAUCCAGACCUGGCGGCCUUCGUCCGAGACAUGAACCUCCUGUGCGCCAUGAUCGCUGACGGACCCUUGAAAUCCUUCUGUUAUCGAAGACUGAGUUAUCUCUCCUCCAAGUAUCAACUGCACGUGCUGCUGAACGAGCUCAGAGAAUUGGCGAGUCAGAAGGCCGUGCCGCACAGGGAUUUCUACAACAUCAGAAAGGUCGAUACUCACAUACACGCGGCUUCAUGCAUGAAUCAAAAGCACCUGCUUAGAUUUAUUAAGAAAACGUUGAAGAAUCACGCCGACGAAGUGGUCACUUGUUCCAAAACUGGCGAGACCAUGACACUCCGCGAAGUUUUUCAGUCUAUGAAUCUGACGACCUACGAUCUGAGCGUCGACAUGUUGGACGUGCAUGCGGAUAGAAAUACGUUUCACAGAUUCGACAAGUUCAACGCCAAGUACAAUCCUAUCGGCGAGAGCCGUUUGCGUGAGGUUUUCCUCAAGACCGACAAUUAUCUAAACGGCACGUAUUUUGCACGGAUAAUCAAGGAGGUAUCGAGCGAUCUUGAGGAGUCUAAAUAUCAAAAUUCAGAGCUGCGUCUUUCGAUCUAUGGCAAGAGUCCAGAAGAGUGGGAUAAACUAGCCAAGUGGGCAAUUCAAGGCGACGUCUAUUCGGAUAACGUGCGCUGGCUCAUACAGAUUCCUAGAUUAUACGAUAUCUUUAAGCUGAACAAGCUUAUGACGAACUUUCAAGAGAUUAUCAACAACAUCUUCUUGCCCCUCUUCGAAGUGACCAACGAUCCUAAUUCUCAUCCGGAGCUGCAUAAAUUUCUCCAAUACGUAAUAGGUUUCGAUUCUGUGGAUGAUGAAAGUAAGCCAGAAAAUCCUCUUUUCGAUAAAGACGUUUAUCCGCCUGCGGAAUGGGACGACAUAGAGAAUCCGCCGUACGGAUAUUAUCAGUACUACACUUAUGCAAAUAUGACGGUCCUCAAUCACUUUAGAGCGGAACAAGGUUUGAAUACAUUUGUCCUGAGACCUCAUUGCGGCGAAGCAGGACCUAUUCAACAUCUCGUGUGCGGCUAUAUGAUGGCAGAAAAUAUUUCGCACGGCCUACUGCUUAGAAAAGUUCCCGUGCUUCAGUACCUGUAUUACUUGGCGCAAAUUGGCAUCGCGAUGUCACCGCUCAGUAACAACUCGCUUUUUUUGAAUUAUCAUCGUAAUCCGCUUCCAGAAUAUCUCGCUAGAGGACUAUGUAUAAGCUUGUCUACGGACGAUCCUCUCCAGUUUCAUUUUACCAAGGAACCCUUGAUGGAAGAAUAUAGUAUUGCUGCGCAAGUGUGGAAACUCAGUUCGUGUGACAUGUGCGAGCUAGCACGCAAUUCCGUUCUCAUGAGUGGCUUUCCGCAUAAGAGUAAGCAGUAUUGGUUGGGACCUAAUUAUACGAAGGAAGGGGUCGCUGGUAACGAUAUCACUCGGACUAACGUACCAGACAUACGAGUGGCCUAUCGAUACGAAACUUUAGUGGACGAACUGUCCAACAUCUUCAAAGUUGUGGAAAAACCAGAGUCACUUCCAUUUUAAUAAUCGAUUACCAUUUGAAUUUUCUUAAAAUCAAUGGAUCGAUUAAGGUAAAAUGAUGUUCAAAGAUCGAUGAGAAUUAUAGUGUGAUUUAUUCUUGUGAUUUCUAAUCUUUUAUGCAGAGUACAGAAUGUUUUUUCAGAGCAUUACGAAUUCACAAACACAUUAUUUUUUUCUUGACACAUCAAAAAUAUAACUCGAGAAUAAAAUUUGAAAAAUCUCGAUUAAAUUCUAUUUUAUUGCAGUACAGUUAUUGAAGUAUAAUAUCAAAUAAUCUUAAAUAUGUAUUUUAUAUCAUGGAUAUAAGCACAUAAAAAUGUGCUUGAACCCUACAAUUUAUAAAAAUCUAUUUGUUGUCGAAAUAAAUUGUGUGAAUUUUACAAUUGUAUGUAUCGUUCAUCGUGCAUCUUUUUUUAAGAUUAAUCGCAAGAAUAAAUCAAUCAAAAAUUAUACAUAUACGUUGACCAAUUUAAUAGUAGCUGUUAGGAAGGUAUUUCUUCUAUUAUUGCAACGUUCAUAACACACAUUAGCAUAUAUACAUAUAUAUAUACGUAUUGUAAUACGAACUAGGCUAGAAACGAAUAUUACGUUCAUUUACUUUGACGUUAAGCUCGUGAUAAAAUAAAUUCAUUUUUCAUAUCACGGCUGUAUAUGGCGCGAUAGCGAUAUCUCUUUCUUGAAUUUUAGCUUUAUUUUCUUACAUUUUUGUACAUUUAUAUUGUAAUCGUGUUUGAUGUUUGUUUCGGCGAGCAUUCAGACAAUUGGCUCGUAUGCGGAUAGUUAACUCGUGCCAUUGUACACCCUUCUUUCCACAAAUAAUGUAAAUAGAGAGGAAAUUAAAUUUAAUUAUAGAUGUAACUAAGAUAUUUUACGAGCUACUUAUAUAUAUAUGCGUGCCAAGGUAUAAUGCAGUGACAUAAACAUGUUUCUUAUUUUGUGGCUUUUUUAACCGUUUUUUGCGUCUGCCAUUUUCCGAGAGAACUUUCCGAACAACGAGCCUAAGGGAUUUAAAUUAAGUGAUAUACGAUCACCUAUAACAUUGUGCCCUGAUAUCGAAUUUAAAUUGUUGCUAGAUAGAAAGAUAUAUAUUUAUUGUAAAAAAAUAUAUAUACUAUAUCAAACGGAAAUAUACUUGCAUCGUUAAAUUCAAA